AUGGAUAGCAGUAACAGCGCUAAGAACAAACAUGCAUGCAAGGACACAGCGACUCCGCUUCCCGUAGAUCCGCCCUCUUACGAAGAAACGAUGAAGCACGAUAAGGAAGAGAUCGAAGGGGACGAAACGGCUUCAUCUGCUCACAGAGACAGUUUUAUGGGACCUGUUUACACUCAUCAUCCACAUCCAAGGUCCCGCAAGGGAUAUCCUGGUGCGCAGACGCUUACAUAUGCUUCCCGGUAG